AUCCCAACCCGAAUAUCAAAUUCGCGAAAUAUCAUUUCGCCAGUCCUUUCUUUUGCCAUCCAUUCAGAUGUGUAGAAAACGAAGUAAAGAAAGCAAAGCACUCCACUGACUCGAAGUGAUUUUUUUUCACAUCAAUUUUAAAUUUACGGAAGGAAAAGCGAGCGAGCAACGAGCGCUGAAAUAAACCCGCGAAUCAUCCGAAGAAGACGAGGGGACGCCAAUUAUAGCAGCCAACAAAAAUAUAGAACAAAAAUGAUUAAACUCUUUACGCUGAAGCAACAAAAGAAAGACGGUGACCAAAAAGGGAGCGGUGGCCAGCAAAAGAAAGCAUCGGCUGCCCAACUGCGCAUACAAAAAGAUAUUAGCGAACUGAACCUGCCAAAAACUUGUGUGACAGAAUUCCCGGAUGCCGAUGAUUUGCUCAACUUCAAAUUAAUUAUGUGCCCGGACGAGGGCUUCUACAGAGAUGGUCGCUUUGUGUUCAAUUUCCGCGUGGGCUCCAACUACCCGCACGAGCCACCCAAAGUGAAAUGUGCAACGCAAGUCUACCAUCCGAACAUUGAUCUCGAGGGCAAUGUGUGUUUGAACAUAUUGCGCGAGGACUGGAAUCCAGUGUUGACCAUUAACUCGAUAGUCUAUGGCUUGCAAUUUUUAUUUUUGGAACCCAAUCCUGAGGAUCCGCUGAACAAGGAGGCCGCUGAUGUCCUGCAGAGCAAUCGUCGCCAAUUCGAGUACAAUGUGAAGAAGGCGAUGCGCGGCGGUUGUGUGGGCGAGACCUACUUCGAGUGCUGCCUCCUCAAGUGAUAUAGGAAAUCAAACAGUCUUUUAUUAAUUUAAGCCUCUGCCUCCCUCCCCCACGCAUUAGAGAGAAGAAGGGUUAAUGCACUUGGCAGCGGACAACAGAAACAACAACAAAUUAUUGUAAUAAA